AUGUUGAGAGAUUACGGUGAAAAAGUGAUAUCAAAUAUAGCGAUUCCACGGACUUCCGAUGUUCCUGAAGGUGUUUCUUCGUCUUUUCAACUGGAUCCAGAUAAGAAGAAAGCUCUAGAAACGCUCACUCAGAUGAUGAAUACAUGUCCACGUGGAUAUCCUGUUCUAGAUAUCAAAGGGUUGUGGCAUGUGACAAAAGUGAGUAAACGAAUGCUUCACACUUCAUUCAUUGAUAUUCACGAAGCGAUUGAGAAGCUGUCGACUGGAGGAUCAGUCACUUCAAGGAAGUCAUUGUUCUCCUUAUUCAAAAGUGAUCCAAUUAUGAGAUGCUUUCAAAUCACAGGCGAGUUGCAAUAA